ACAUAUGCGACACGGUAACCCAAUCUGUUUGUACUACAUGAAAUUCUAUUUUGUAUUACCGGCCAAUGGGCGACAAGGGGCAGAGUUGGAGAUUAUUUUACAUCUACUGAACAGUUUUAUUUUACAACGCCGAAAACAUGCCGAAGAGGAGGUCUGAGGAAGUUGCUGAAGGCAAAGACUCAACAAAAGUAAUAAAACCAGAGGCAACAAGAAGAUCUUCAAGAAUCUUGGCUCAGGGACCUCCACAACCUAAACAGGAGCCUAAACCUAAGAAGCCAGCUGCUAAGAAGCAAGCAGGAGAAAAAGCACCAGCAAAAGGCAAGAAAGGAGGUAAAAAAGACAACAAGCCAGCUGAAGGCACUGUGCCCGCUGAAAAUGGGGAAACCAAGACUGAAGAGAUCCAUAUUUCUCGUUCCUCUGUUAGUGUGUCUUCAUCUAGAAGUACUCCUCCCAGCUUGCUGUCAGUAAAAGGGCAAGCUGAAACAGUGAAAGCAGAGAAAAAUGAAUCUACUGGUGACAAGAAAGAAUGAAUGAAGCAUCUGACAUCAUGAACUUUUAGUUGAUUUUAUGUACCUCUUGUACAACGAGAAAGAAGAAUAUUUUUUAUCAAGUAUUUUGUAAAUGCUAUUUUUUUUAGACCUGUGGUAGUGGAAUUUACCAGUAUACAUUGUUAAGAUUUAUUUUAAUAAAAAAGUCUUGCUCACUAGGAUUUAUUUUUACCAAUACUCCCUUGUUCAUGACAGUGGUUUAUCUUUAUCAAAUGAAAUUAAAUUAUGAAACAAUUGUGUGAUUGGAUUCACAUUCCCUGCACUCCCUGCUAUGUUCAUUUGAGACGACUCUAGAGCUUGUAGUGACUUGUGUGUGUUUUGGUAGAUUUUCUUUUUUAUCAUUAUUUGAUAUUUUUUGUAUUUAUUUUUCGGGGGCAGAUUUUAAAUAGCAAUAAUCAGUGGUGCUUUAUACUAAAAGUUUACGUGGUUGUUAAAACAAAACAAAAACAAAAAAACAAAUGGAGGUAUAUGUGAUCAAUCACUACCUGUUUGGGAUUAAUUCCGUGGAACUAUUUUAAAAUAAAAAAGAAACUUGUUUGGUUUGUGAA